AUGUAUCCUUCAGUUGAUGGUCGCCUUGAUAUCCUCGCCGUCUUACCACUUUCCUUCGCUGUUAUCAUAGCCCUCAGGCGGUUCAUUGCGAACAGAGAGAGCAAACCUUGUCUUCCCCCUGGCCCAGUGCCGCUCCCACUGAUAGGGAAUGUCUUAUCUAUUGACGCCAAGGAGCCUUGGUUGACUUAUACGAAAUGGCACGCUGCUUAUGGUCAGGGAGUCAUAUCGAUCAAUUCCCAGCACAUUGCAGAAGCCUUGUUGGACAAGCGUUCUGAUAUUUACUCCGAUCGACCAUACUUAGCUACAGCCGAACAGUUCUCGUCAUCGGUUGGGAUGUCUACUAUAUAUGACUACGAACCCAGCGCUCGUAAUGAUCCUCUGGUUCGAAUCAUGGAAAAUACAGUGGCUGUUGGCCUUCAGAUGACGACCCCAGGGAAAGCAAUUUUGCUUCAACUCUUCCCCUUCUUACUGAAGUUACCUGACUGGUGCUGGGGAUCCUCGAUCAAACGCGAUGCUCAAAUUUCGACCGAUCAUAUGAAUAAAAUAAGGGACUUGCCGUUUCAAUCUGCGCAGCAGCAUAUGGCUGAAAACUCGUUCCUUGGCCAGUUCUCAAUGGUAGCAGAAAAUUUACAACGAAUGGAGAAGCAAGACGAGGCAUCCAAGCCAACGUUCGAGGUUGCUUUGAAGAGAGCAGCUGUAGCUGGUGUUAUGGGUUCAUAUGAGACGACUUCUUCGACCUUGAUGGUUUUUGCUCUCGCUAUGGUAUUGUAUCCAGAUGUUCAGAGACGCGCACAAGCGGAAAUCGACUCUGUGAUUGGAAGAGAUCGCUUACCUACGUUUGAGGACAGAGCAUCAUUACCUUAUGUCGAAUCAAUUCUGCGGGAGACUUUCCGAUGGCACCCCAUUCUACCUCUUGGCGUUCCACAUGCCACCUCGAGUGAUGAUACAUACGAUGGUUUUUUUAUUCCGAAAGGAACGACCGUCAUGUGUAACACCUGGGCCAUCUCACGGGAUGAAAAGCGGUACCCUGACGCAUCUCGUUUUAUGCCAGAGAGGUUCCUAGACGUCAACGGCGUAUUGACAAAUGAUGAUCCCGCGAGAUACGUUUUUGGCUUAGGUCGGCGCGCAUGCCCAGGGCGGCAUGCCGGUGAUGCUUCCGUAUGGUCUGCUAUCGUGACCAUGUUAGCCACGGUGGACUUUUCUUUCGCCAAGGAUGACCAGGGCAAAGUGAUCGACUUCACCCCUCAAUUCAACCCCGGACUCGUUUGGUAA